AUGAGAACUGUAAUUGAAAGAUAUUAUGAUCAAUAUUAUGCAAUUGAUAUUGCAGGUAAAGAGAAUAAUGAUCAGUAUAUAAAUAAACAUUCUAAUGGUGUAUGUGUAGUUGGUUUAGCACCGACACAUCCAGCGUUAACCAAGAGUAUGGUGAAAAUCGAAUAUACCGGUGACCUUGAAAACAAUCAGACUCAAGGCACUCAGAAGAAAGGUGCAUUCAAAUUACAUAGAGAUACAAUCGUUGCCUAUAUAACAUGCGACGACAACUCCACCUACCCAAUAUACAGUUGCGUAAAAGGUAAACUGUUAGAAACAAACAAAACAAUCACACAAAACAUUGAUAUUUUAAAAAAUAAUUAUUCAACAAGUGGAUAUAUAAUUAUAGUUGAACCAUUUGAAACCGAUGAACUCUCGAAACAAAGUGAAUUACUGUCAUUCGAGAAAUAUCAUCAAGUUAGAGGUUUAGAGAUUGUAAAAGGUCCAAAGUUUUUAAAAGAUAUAACAGAAGAUGAAGAAUAA